CAAAAUGGCCCCGUCCCUGGGAGUUCUCCCUCUCCAUUGCUCCCUUUGUCUUCUGUUGGGAACGCGAAUUGCUCCUUCCAGCGCUCAUCUCUUCUCGCCUGCUUCCAGCCUUCCCCGGGGUCCCAGGGCCAGGCAGCCUCUCCAGCCCGGCUGCCAGCGGGUGGGUGUGUGCGGACGGCGCUUUCGGCAUCGUGCGGGCUCCUUGCUCCCUCUUCCCUGCCUCCUGCAGCCGCGGCGCGGGAUCAGCCAAUGGCAGCCCCGCGCUCGGGACCUGAGCUGUUUACCCAAUCUCAGCCCUCCUCCUCCUCCUCCUCUGAAGAUCCUUGUAGCAUCCAAGCCUGGAACAGCGAGCGAGGGGGGAGAGCGGAGCGAGGGAAAGAGACAGUUGAACGCAGAGGGAGCAGAGGGAGAGGAGGCAGCCCUGUGGCAGGCGAGGUGUGGCUGGUUAGAGCAUCUUGGCCGGAGGGCCUGGACCGGAGCAUCUCCUGCCUCCUGCCCUGCCUCUCCUCCGGGCUGUCUCUCCGGGGCGGGUAAGACGCGUUUACCCCGGACCAUGCCCCUCCGCCGGCACAGGCUGGGCCACACUGGACAUUCACCAUAACUGGAGCUCCCCGCACACACACACACCUUCUCCCACUUCCAUCCUCCUCACUGCUGCGGCGGCUGCCUCCUCCGCGGGGACCUGCUAGAGUGAUGGGCUGCAUAGGAUCCAGGACUGUAGGGAAUGAGGUGAUUGCAGUGGACUGGAAGGGACUGAAAGAUGUGGACCAGAUCAAUAUGGACAGCACCAGCUCAUUGCAUGGCAGUAGCAUCCACCGACCCUCCACUGAGCAAACCCGGACAGAUUUCUCCUGGGAUGGUAUUAAUCUGUCCAUGGAAGACACAACCUCCAUUCUCCCCAAGCUGAAGCGGAACUCCAAUGCUUAUGGAAUUGGGGCUCUGGCUAAGUCAUCUUUCUCUGGCCCCUUAGGGAUAUCCCGCAGCAUGAAGGAUCACGUCACGAAGCCAACGGCUAUGGGACAGGGUCGUGUAGCUCACAUGAUUGAGUGGCAAGGGUGGGACAAAGGUAACAGCCAGCAACAGCAGCAUACACAUGAAGCGGUGCGCAAGGAUGCUGAUGCCUACUCAGACCUGAGUGACGGCGAGAAGGAGGCCCGAUUCCUUGCAGGGGUGAUGGAGCAGUUUGCCAUCUCUGAGGCCACUCUCAUGGCCUGGUCCUCCAUGGAUGGUGAGGAUGUGAGUGUCAACUCCAACCAGGAGAACCCAGCAAGCAACUACAGUGAGAACUACCAGGAGCUGAUGGAGAACCAGGAUCACAUGGCCCAGACACAGUAUGACAGCUGGCCUCACUCCUAUGUCUCUCAGGGCAUGUAUUGCCUGGGCUCCUCUGAUGCGUGGGAGACCAGCGACCAGUCCCUCAUUGCUUCCCCGGCUACCGGCUCCUACCUAGGCCAGAACUUUGAGGAGACCCAGUCCAACCUGCAGGAGAGCACAUUGAUUCAGAGUAGCCUCAUCCAGCAGCAUCAGAUGCAGCAGCAGCAACCACAGGCCCUGCUCCAGAACCCAGGGCUCGUUGACAUGUGGCCCCCUCAGACUGCCGCAGGGGGUGGCAGUGGGUCUGAAUCCAGCACUUACAUGGGGGUGCAUACAGAGGAGGAAGGGAACCCUCUACUGGAGAAGGCCCCGCUGCUAAACAAGAAGACCUCUCCAGAGGAGGAUGAUGCUGUAUGCCGGGACCUGGAGUCGCUGUCACCUCGGGAGGAGCUGGAACAUGCUGCACUCAGCCGCAAGGUCUCGGAUGUCACCUCGUCCGGGGUGCAGUCCUUUGAUGAGGAGGAGGGGGAAGCAAACAAUUGAUGCUGCCAGUGAGGAAUCCGUCACUACUAACAAAUGGGAGAGGGGAGGGGAGAAUGAAAUGACAGGAAAACCUCUCCCCAGGUUUCCAGGUGGACACACCUGUCAUUCUGACAUUUAAUUUUUAACAAAAGGGAAGUAAAGGACUGGAGGUGUUUAACAGGGGCAGAGCCCUCCUUGCCCACCAUCAUGGACUGAUCCCAUGGCCCCCUGUUCUGGACAGCAUGCCGGGGGCUCAGGGAACUCUGGACUUUAAAUCUUUUUGAUACAAGGGUUUGGCUCUGGUUUCAGACUGCUCAGAUGCUGGGAUGUGGCUCCCAAGAUACAAACAAUGGCUUGAUACUGGGAUAUGGCUGUAUGGAUAGGAUCUAUCUUGGCAGAAUGGAUGUUGUUUUGCUACAAUCUGCUUUGAUCCAUGGGAUAUGUGAAUACAGAGUUUGUUUUGAACAGGGCACAAGACUGUGCGGAUAUAGGUUGCACUGAUACAGGGAUUAUGGCUGAUAUACAGGAUAAGGCUUAUGGAUAUAGCCACUGCACUGAUAGGAUGGAUGAGCUAUAUGGAUAAAUACUGUACAGUUCUUUGAUAUGAGACCCAAGGCCCUGUAGAUACAGACUGUACUGUGGUAUGGAUGGUGUGGCUCUGUGGUUACAGGCUGUGUUAUGGUAUGGAUGGUGAGGCUCUGUGGACAUGGGAUGUGCUCUGGUACAGAUGGCAUACCUCUGUGGACAAGGGCUGUGCUCUAGUACGGAUGGUGUAGCUCUGUGGACACGGGCUGGGCUCUGGUAUGGAUGGCGUUGCUCAAUGGACACCGGCUGUGCUCUGGUACGGAUGGUGUGUCUCUGUGGACAUGGCUCUGUGCUCUGGUAUGGAUGAUGAGGCUCUGUGGACCUGGGCUGUGCUCAGGUAUGGAUGGCAUAGCUCUGUGAACAUGGGCUGUGCUCUGGUAUGGAUGGUGUGGCUCUGUGGACAUGGGCUGUGCUCUGGUAUGGAUGGUGUGGCUCUGUGGACAUGGGCUGUGCUCUGGUAUGGAUGGUGUGGCUCUGUGGACACGGGCUGUGCUGUGGUACAGAUGGUGAGGCUCUGUGGCUACAGACCUAAACCCAUAUGUCAACAGCUGUGCUUCAGUCUCUUUGAAACAUUUUUCUUUUGCUCCCUCUGACAUGUCUGUCUGCCUGGGAGCUGCAGGGGGAGGGGGAGGAAAGAUAUAUCCACAUGGUGUUGGGCACUACAUGCAUGGGGAGGGGUCACCUGCCAUUUUCUACUAUAUAGACACAGUAACAUAAAGCUGAUUUUCCUGGAGGAUUUGGGAGUUUGUCCACCUCUUUGCUGCUGCCUGAAUCCUUCCCUCUUUUCCUCUUCAUGGAGGCCAGGAACAGCAGGAACAAACAGUAUCACCAUUUUCCAGUUUAUAUUGGAGUUUUGUUGCUGUUUCUUUUUCUACAGUUUUAUAUUGCUGGGUAAUGGUUCUAAACACAGUGGUUAACAGAAGGAAAGGCCUGUGGGCUGGCCACCACUGACCAUAACUACCGUACCAUUCUCAGUGUCCCUGGUCCCUCUGUGGUGCCAAAUGUGUAUGGGGGUGGGAGGGGAAUUUUUCUCCUCCCUCCUGUUCAUUUCUCUUUCCUGCUUUACAUUUUCUGUUUUUUCUUGACAAUGUAAAUAUUCCUUGGCACUGUUUUCUUUUUUUCUCAUUCCUCCCAUCUCUCUUUCGGGGGUGGGGAAGGCUGGGUUUUGGGGGUUUUUCCCCAUUUGUACGGGUUCUGUAUUUUUGUUAACAAAAUUUAUGAUUCAUGGACUGAAGGGGUUUUGAUCCCAUGUGAUUCCCCUUCUUGUUGCUGCAGACAUACUGCAGGAGAAGGGACUUUAAAUAAGUAUUUAACCAAUUGUUUCCUCUCUGCUCUUGCUAGGGAAUAAACAGGAGACAAAAAUUGUGUGGGGGCAAUCAUUGUUCAGACAGCAGAACAUGACCAACAGGGGAUAGUAGAAGUGUUGGGUGUUCACUGAAAUAUGGGCAGUGUAUGAGCAAAGAAAUGCCCACAAAGGGCAAAUUAAGGGUGGGGAACUGGAUAAAUGAACCAAGCUGGAGAUUGCCCUCUUUCUGCACUACCCCGGAGGCAUCUCUGCCCCACUUGCUCCAAGCCAGAGCCACUCUGUUCAACUGGAAUACAGAUGUUUGUCUCCUCUCUGUCUUCUCCUCCCUGAUGGUAGAAUUGGUAUUGCUGCUUGCAGGAUGGGAGAGUGAGGUACGUUCCUCUUCUGAUCCAGGUUUGGAACCCAACCCAUGUAGCAGGGAAGGAGUACAUAUCAGGAGAGGAGAAUGUAGCAGGAAUAUUAUCCAGGAGGCUAGGAGCUGAGACAGCCACAGGAAAACAGAAGUGGAUCAUGUCCAGGAGUCAAGAGGAGGGUGAAUUAGACAUGGAGCCUUGAAGAUGGUAUUUCCGCUCACACACCUUUCCUACCGGCAAUUGGGAUUAUAGGGAACUCCACAGUGAACUUCUGAGUCUCUCUGGCAAGCUCCAUUUCAAGAGGACCUGUCUUCCCUCUCCACUGCACCACUAAUGGAAACACCACUGGGAGGAGUGUUUGGGAGGAUUAUGUGAGGCUGACGCUUGGAGGUGGAUAUGAGACAAAAGCAUUUGUUACCACCUCUUUGUCCCCAUUUCUUUGGAGCUUCCCUGUCUCUCCCAGGGGAGGUUGCUCCUUUCCUGGGUGAUGAGGUUUCUAUAUCUACUUAAAUAUGUUUACACAUUCUGGUGCCACCCUCCCAAGGUUGAGAAGGUUGGAUAAAGCACCUCCCAGAAUCCUGGGAGGACUCAUUAUCCUGAGUUUAUCUGAACUGCUUUGGUCUGGCUGCUGCAUGGAUUGGGGAAGUCUCACUAGCAAGAACAGAGAAACUGGGAAAGUGCACGGGCACUGCAGCAGAUGACAUACAAAUGAAAGUUAACCCAAUUUUUUUUUUGAACCUUCAGGGAAAAUGAAGUUGUGUUUCUAUGGGGUGUUUCUUUGGGGGUGAGGAAGGUUCGAUAAGCCUGCUUCUUAUUUUUCCGAACCAUUCUGCCCUGAGGGCCUAGCCAGGACCAACCUGGAUGUUUACGGUAACUAUAUUUCAGUGUAUCUUCAAAUGUAUCCUGCUCCCACCUUGUCAUUCACAGGACCAGGACAAGGGGGUAAUCUUGGUUAGGUCUAUUUUUUUUUUAAUGAAGACAAGUUGUGCAUUUGGUAAGAUGUGUGACAAAUGUAUGAGGUGCAUUUUCUCCAUAGGAGAGAAAUCACAGAGGGACACACAUUACAUGGAAAACAAAGACUAAAAAAGAAAAAGAAAAGAAAUUUACCUUAUGAAAAUCCCACAGAAUGUAAUAGCAAGUGAAAACCUUCCCACAGAGUUUUCUGACAGCUAGAGAAUCAUACUUCUGCUACAGAAUUCUAUAGCCCAGUUUCAAAAAGCUUAUAGAUGGGAUCUCAUUGUCUAUUAAAUCCUACAGGUGUUUAGAGUAAUUUCUACAGAAACCUAUUAUUUUCAAGUUAUUAAAUUGUAUAAGAUUUUUCCAUAAAGAUCUUGCUUUUUUGCAAAUAAAGAUCUUACCUUUUUUGCACACACACAAAAAAAACUUCCCCCGAUGUCCCCACCAUCCAAGAACACACAUGCCUUUCUCAUUGCCAGGAACCUGACUGGACACCGCAUUCCCAUGGCCUCCAACCAUUGCCUAAGUGAGGCCCAAAUGGACAAUAUUAAUCACAAACUGAUAGGUCACUUUGCUUCUCCUGCAAAAUGUUAUUCUACCUUAAAAAGUGACUGUAUAAAAAUGGGCUUUUCUUAUGCAACAGACUUGCACCCUACCUGUGUCCAGAAUCAGAUCUUCUCAAAUUGCUAAGGUUUUCAGAAGUGACACAUGGUUUUGGAUUCAUCAAUUUUGGGGGGCCCAAUUUCAGAUGCCUUAAGGCUCCCUGAUUUUUGGCACUUUCUGAAAAUCAGGUCUACUGAAAGUAUCCAAAAACUGAGCAAUGCAAAGUUACUAGUCCCUUUUGAAAAUCUUUGCACUAGAUUUUGACUUGGUUUUUACUCAAGUUAUCCCUGCAGAGCCAGCCUAGCUCAGAAAGAGGGUAAUGGAACCUAUUCCUUCUUGUGCAGCAUCUGCAGAAUUGUUUUCUAUGUUCUAAUUAGUCACACCUGUGCAAACCUCCUGAGGGCCAUGGGGUUACCACAGGUGUCAUUGGGGGCACAAUUUGACUUGCAAAUUCUUUAUUCUAGGGGAUGAUCUGGAAAGAGUCCAGCUUGACUCUCAGAGCCCAGGCUGAGUUUGCAGGGCUGACAGUCAGAAACAAACAUCUUUUUAUUUGUCAAGUAAGCAAGUUUGAUCUGGAGUCGUCACUUGUGAGCAGAGCUGCACUCAUGAAAUAUUUCUGAAAUUGCUUGAAGCAGUGUAGCUAGAGGGUUCCCUGCCUUUGUUUGCCAUAAAGCCAUUAAGACUUUAGUAGGAGCCAUGACUUCUGUUCUUUGCUGAACAGAGAAGUGCUCUUUAAACAUGGGUUACUCUAGUAGUUGAAUCAGCUCUCAGACAGACAGAGCUUGUUCUCACUCCUGUGCCCUCUACUGCCACCAUCUGGCCAGUUCACUUUACUGUUGUUAAACCUACAAGUUGUUCAUGGGUUGGGCUGAGUUGAGUGUGGGGGGACAGGGUAGGUAAGAACUGGCUAGUCCAGAGUAAUGGGAUUUGGAAUCUUUGCCUCUAGGGCACCAGUUCCAGUGUGUCCCUGUGAGUGGCUGGCUCAGGGGAAUCAUGAAGUGGGAUAUAGGGUCUUUCAUCUCUAAAGCACAAUUUUCAAUUUGGCUCCAGGUUGGGGGAACUGGCUGGAUGAAUGGGACAAGAGGAAGGUGCCUUUCAUCUGUAGGGUAUCAGUUCCGAUACAUCCUUAGGUCUGGGGAAAUGGCUCAGGGAGUUGAGGAAGGGGACACAGAUCUUAUCACUUCUAGAUGACUGGUUCCAAUCUGUUCCUACUUUGUAGUGACUGACAGUCAUUCCCAUCUGGCAGCUCUUCGGUUUCCAUGUGAAUUGGCAGAUCUCAGGCAGUGGCUAGUCACCCUUGCCAGUUCCACCCCUUUUCUUUGACUACGCUGGGACUUCAGAGCUGACAGGGAAAGGUAAGCACCACUGAUAAGUCCUGUCCUGUGAUUGUAGGGCAGGGGCAAGUCUGUUGGAAGUAUUGGGCACUGUGGUGGGUUCCUGGGGUGAUACAGCUUCUGCAGCCAAGGUACAUGCCUAUUUUCAUGCCAGUUCCAAGGUAACCUGAGUUUUGGAAUAGCCCUGAGAUGUAUAGGCUGGCCAUGUGCAUGGCUAAAGCCUGGACCAUCCUUACUGUGUCCAGGAAAUGGAAAUUGUCUGUGGAGCCGGCAGGACAGCCAGGGAAAAGGACACUAUUUUCUAAAUCUGAAAAGGUGUGUGUGUUGGAGAGGGGAGGGAGGCAGCAGGGAAAAGGAGGAAGUAGAGGAAAUAUGUCAG